UUUUCCUCUUGACAACCACUCUCUCAGUUCAUGCCCACAAAGAUUUAAUAGGUGGAUUUCCCAGGCACCUCAUUUUAAGAUCCAAGACACCAACAAAGUGUAGUUUUCUCAAAUCUAUUGUCGACUAAAGAUGUUCUCUUCCACGUUCCUUCUUGUUUUCGUCGUCAUUCAACUCUCGAUUUGUCUAGAAGAAGAUUACUACUGGAGAGAGUACACAGGAACAAUUCCCGACGACGCGGUAGUAGCAGGUCAAGACAUCAACAACCAAAACGUUUACAUUGGGCAAGCCUACGUCCACAAUGAGGGACUAAUCGUGUCUGCAAUUUUUCCCGGAGUACGAGAAGUCUACGCUCCUAUUAACGGUAUUAAAACUGUCAAGUCGUACGUGAAGAUUCUUUGUGGACCUCAAAGCAACUUCUACUGGUCACAAGCAAACGCAUCCCACCUCCAUCUACAAAUGAUCGACAAACACCCAAUCAUAGGUGGACACGAAGUCGGCGGCGUGUUAUACAUAGGGCGCAUCAGUUCCGAAGGAGACAUCAAAAUAGGAAAAGUGUGUUCUUUCCUUACCGAAAAUGCGCUGACUUUUUUUAACAGUAGGGAUACAGAGAAAAGCGUCGCUUCAUAUGAAAUACUUAUGUAUAAUGAGAACGCCCUAGAAGUUAAAAUUGAAAAAAAAUAAAUUCUAUUUUAUUCUA